AAAAAAAAAAAAAUACUACAUACAUAAUCAUAACAAAACACUUCUACUACAAUUUCAUACAAAACAUCUAUAUCCUGAAAACCAGCUCUCUACUCAAAAUGUCCGAAUCCUACUCCAGCUCUUCUUCCUACUUCUACAGCUCUUCGAGCAGCACUGACGAUGGCACCACCGCUACCGGUCAGCGCUAUGCUACCUAUUCUCACACUGAACCGGAUGGAACCACGACUGUUCGUACUUACCGUCAAGAUCUCGGCGAACCGGCUAUCGUGGAUGAGAAACAUUAUGACCAAACCGGUCGGCAAUUGACUGCGGGUAACUCUUCGGCUGGGGGCGUGCGCCGCAUUACAGAUUUAGAUGAGGAGGGUGGUGAAUCUUAUGAUUAGGGGUUGGGUUAUGCUGGUGUGAUGGUCUAAAUAUAUCUGAUGGGAGGUUUAAUGAAUGUUCUGAGUGGACUUUGUUGGGCUUUAAUAUGAUGCCUACUUAAUGAUGUGCAUAUCUUUUGUUUAGGUGAAUGAAUCUUCAAUAUUAUCGCUAAA